AUGGAACACAAACCGCCACCCACGUCGGGGGAGGCACCACAACCUAACCAGCCAAAACUCCCCACUACGCCCCAGUACCACCCCACCCGCCCCAACCCCCCGCCCACCACCUCCGCCAAAGCCAGAGGUAAACCCACCCAGCCACCCACCCACCCCACCCCCCCCACCCCCCACGCCAACGAGAAACCAAAAACGAGACAACCUGCCAACGAAAGAAAGUCACGAAAGCCGCCACAGGGCAAGGUAUGCCUAACCGAAUGCUCAUAG